AUGGGAGUUAGUGAUUUAGCGGUAGGGCAAAAGUUUGAAAGCAAAGCUUCGUUGGUGGCAAGAUUGAAGGUUCUAUCUGUAUUAGAGAAAUUUGAUUAUAAUACUCGUGCAUCAAGACCCCGUUUGCUAAUCGUUGAGUGUUGGGUAGGAGGUUGUAAAUGGAGACUACGAGCUUCAACAAUUGGGAAUUCUCUGGUGAUGCAUAUUCGCAAAUAUUGUCGUCAACAUACAUGCUCUGUUAUGGAACGAUCAGCCCUUACCCGUAAUGCUACACCACCAAUCCUAGGUCAUUUAUACAAGGAUUCUAUUGGUGGUAUUGGAGGUUAUGUUGUGCCAAAUCUUGUGGGGGAAGGGCUGAACCUACGCUAUGGUAUACAGCUUGGCUACUGGAAAGUACAUCGUACACUUAUAAAGGCGCGGGAAUAUGUGAGGGGUACACCUGAAAGUGCAUACGCUGAAUUACCUUCAUAUUUAUACAGGCUGAGGUGCUCUAAUCCGGGGACCUUUACGAGAUUGGACGUUGAUGCAGAAGAUAGAUUCAAGUAUGUUUUCAUUGCGAUUGCUGGUUGCAUUCAAGGAUUCAAGUAUAUGCGGAAAGUUGUUGUUGUUGAUGGAACAUUUCUGAAUGGUGAAUACAAAGGGACUCUACUCAUAGCAACAACACAAGAUGGGAAUUUCAAUAUAUUUCCUUUGGCCUAUGCACUUAUUGAUACAGAGAACGACGAGUCUUGGGAAUGGUUCUUCACGCAAUUGAGUUGUGUAAUUCCUGAUGAUGAAGGUCUUGCAAUGAUAUCUAACCGUCAUACAUCUAUAGGUAAAGCUAUCGGUAAAAUAUACCCCCGGGCCAGUCUUGGAAUCUGCACUUAUAAUCUUCACAAGAAUAUUAUUCAGAGAUUUAGCGGAAGUGAUACAUUCCGGCAUGUUAAAAAAGCAGCUGCAGCCUACCAUGUAGUUGAUUUCAAUGAAUACUUCCAGGAAAUUCAAGAAUCGAAUCCGCAACUGCAUGCUUACUUGGUGCGUACAGAUGUAUGCAAGUGGAGCACGGCUCACUUUCCUGGUGAUAGGUACAACUUCACUAGGAGCAACAUUGCAGAAUCGAUAAAUAAAGUACUGAGUCCUGCGAGAGUGUAUCCCGUUGUAGAGUUACUAGAAGCGGUUCGGAAUAUGUUGACACGUUGGUUUGCCAGUAGGAGAAAACAAGCUGCCGUAAUGCCAAUUGUACUCACGAAAGGAGUGGAGAAUCUGUUAGAGGAACGUAUUGAAGAGGCAAGGCGUCUAAUUGUCCAAGAAAUAGAAGAACAUCAAUUUCAAGUAAGUGGAGGUACCUCUAUGCAUGUCGUCAAUCUGAGAUAUAAUAGGUGUUCAUGUAGGCGUUUUGAUCUGGAGAGGAUUCCAUGCGUACAUGCUAUCGCAGCUGCCGAGAAGGCUAACAAAUCUCGUAUACACCAGUGUCAUCCAUGCUUUCGCAGAGACUACCUCUGCAGUGGUUAUGAUAAGUCGAUAAUGCCGAGUGAUGAGUCCUGCAUCGUUCCUACUAAAGAUAGAGAGUACAAAUGUAAACCGCCUUUCGUAAAGAAUCCUCCAGGAAGGCCAAAGAUGUCCAAAAUGAAGUCUUUCCAUGAGGUGGCGUUUGAGACGAAACGGCCCCGUAAACAGCAUGCUUGUUCUCAAUGUCUACUGGUUGGCCACAACCGUACAACAUGUCCAGCUAAUAUGCAAGGCAGGGGCGUCCGGUUUUUAUGA